AUGAGGGCAGAUCCGGACUGGUUGGUGGCGUAUGCUCGGCUGUAUGCAGAUGUCUGGCCACGGUAUGGGCGAAGAGACAAGACAACUGCAACAGCGAAUUAUGCCCGGGCGUUGAGGCAGGACCCUGGAAAGCUGUUUGAGGUCCUCCUGGAGCUAAUUGUGUUAAUAUGCGGGCAUUCGAUGCUCAAGGUCCUGAUCGGAGAAGUGGAGGACCAAAAGGAUAACCCGUCCGAGCCAGCAGAGUCUGCAGUGAACUACAUGACCGCCAUACAGAAGCGCUUGGCGGCCUACUGUAAGAUUCGGUCUAUCAAGGCGAUAUUAACGCCUUAG